CUGCCCAGGACCACCCAUAGAUCCACCCCACUGCGACCCUGUGCAAGAGGCAGAAUUCGAAGGUCUGUGCAGAGUGAUUCUGUCCUCAAGUGGGCCUUUCAGCCCCUGCCAUGGCAGCCUCCCUCCUCAGCCGUACUUUGAAAGCUGCGUGUAUGACCAGUGUGCCACCGGGGGAGACGGAGGGCAGUUGUGCAGGAGCCUGGAGGCCUAUGCCGCUGCAUGCGAACUGAACGGGGCCGACCUCGGGGACUGGGAAAAGGACACCGCCUGUGGUCCCUUGGUCCCUUGCGGUUUCUCCUGCACUUUUGAGAAGGAUUUCUGUUCCUGGAACCAAUCGUCCACCGACAACAUUGACUGGAAACGACACAAAGGCCCAACACCCUCGCCAAACACAGGACCCUUGUAUGACCACACCACUGGAGGGGGCUACUUCAUUUACCUGGCAGGAAGCGAUGCCCACCCUGGGGAUGUGGCGCAUUUGGUCAGCCCCACGUGUGACCUUCAGGGGCCCAUGUGCUUCAGCUUCUGGUAUCAUAUGUACGGCGUCGCCCAAAAGAUGGCGCUGCACUUCUAUGUCAUCUUGGAUGAUGCGCCACCUUUCCUGGUCUGGUCGGAAACGGGAAGCAAGGGCAACCGUUGGAAGACAGGAGAGUUCGGCAUAGCUCACCAAGGCAGGGUGAAGAUACUGCUGGAAGGAGUGCGGGGAGAGGACUUCCGCAGCGACGUGGCCGUGGAUGACAUCUCUGUACAGGGCGGUGACUGCCCGUCACGGACAACAUCCACUCCUGGACCCACAACCACACGGACACCCCCCACUCCUUCCCAGGAACCGACACCUACAACCACGGAGCCCACUACGCCAGAACCGACACCUACACCCACAGAGCCCACUACGGCAGAACCAGAACCAACGCCUUCUCCCACACGGCCAACUGUGCCAGCCCCCUCAAUCUGCACUGCCUCAGGAGACCCCCAUUACACCACCUUCGACGGGCAGGUCCACCACUUCAUGGGCAACUGCACCUACACCUUGGCCAAAGCCUGCUCCAAUUCCACCCGUGGCCUGGAGGCCUUUGACGUCUCCACCACCAAUGAGCACCGGGGCUCCAACCGGGCCGUGUCUUACGUCCACUCGGUGCACGUGGCCGUCCACGGGAGCCAAGUGUCCCUGCUGAAGAACAGGAAAGUGAACAUUACGUGGAGGUGGCCAUGCCGGCCGAAUACCAGGGGCUGCUCUGCGGCCUGUGUGGUAAUUUCAAUGGGAAUCCGGGCGAUGACAACCUCAAGCCGGAUGGAGAACCUGCGGGAGACUCAACUCAACUCGGAAACAGUUGGCUUGUCCCAGACAACAGUAGCAUAUGUUCCAGCCCAGCAGAAUCAUGUGACCCAAAGCUGGAAGAGGAAAUUCAGAGGAAUUCUGCUUGCCGCCUGAUCGCAGAUCCAACAGGGCCCUUCGGGCAGUGCCAUGCUCUGGUCGACCCCGCCCGUUUCCUGGAGAACUGCAUUUAUGACGUCUGCCUCACUCAAGGACAACAGACCUCCGUGUGCCACGGGCUGCAAGCCUACGCGGCCUCCUGCGCCAACGCUGGGCUGUGCGUGGAAUGGCGGAACUCCACCCUCUGUCCCGUCUCCUGCCCCGUCAACAGCCACUACAGCAGCUGCGGGACUUCCUGCCCUUCCAGCUGUGUGAAGCCCCCAGGGCUCCCCCCGUGCAGCCCCCUCCCCACGGACGGCUGCUUCUGCAACGAAGGCUUCGUCCUGAGUGGAGACACCUGUGUCCCCGAGGCCGACUGCGGCUGUGUGGAUGGCCAGGGAAACUACUACCAGGUGGGUUUUCCUCCUCUGGGGCGGGAGGCAGGGAGGACCCGGAGUGGCCCGGCUUCCUUGGCUGCAGACCUUCACAGCAAAGGGACCAUACUCCAUACCAGGCGAAGCAUUAGGACCGAUUUCAACAUCUACGCGGGGGAGCUGUGUGAGAAGCCCCCGGGGGGGCAGUGCCUGGAAGGCUGCGUUUGCCACCAGGGCUUCGUGCUCAGCGACGACCAGUGUGUGCCCCUCAGCCAGUGCGGCUGCCAGGACAAGGACGGACGGUACCACAAGAUCGGGGAGAGCUGGCUGACCCCCCACUGCAGCCAAAAGUGCCGCUGUCGCAAAGGGGGGGCCAUCAAGUGCCAGGACUUCGGCUGUGAGCCUGGGGAGGUCUGCGAUACCAAGAAAGACGGGAAGCUGCACUGCAAACCCACAGGGUUCGGCAACUGCCUGGUCACGGGGGACCCGCAUUACCUGACCUUCGACGGCCUCCUGCACCACUUCCAGGGGCUGCACACCUACGUGCUGGCCCAGACCCGGCCUGAUGCUUCCGAUCGCCUGGAGCCCUUGAGCAUCGAAGGGACCAACCGCCUGGUGGCCGGCUCCGGCCAGCCCUCCGUGCUGAAGGAGCUGCGCAUCCGCGUCUACAACCACACGGUGCUCUUCCGGCAGAGGAGGAAGCUGGUGGUGGACGGAGUGGCCACUGAGCCCCCGGCGCGACCUCACGAGGGGCUCCGCAUCCAGCAGAGCGGGAGGCAGAUUUUCCUGGAGUCCGACUUUGGCCUCUCGGUCAGCUUUGACGGCCUGGAGAAUUCAGGCAUCCUGCUGCCCAACAGCUAUAAAAGGAGCCUGGAGGGCCUCUGUGGCAACUUUGAUGGGAGGUUCAAGAACGACUUUGCCAAGCCAGAUGGCACCCUGGUCAAGGACGUCCAGACCUUCGGGGAGAGCUGGAGAGUCCCCGUCCAGAGAGGCUCCUCCCACCUCAGGCGAAACCGCGUGGCCGAAGAACCCCCGGAGGAGGCUGAGCUGGACGUGGGAUUUUCCCCCCUUUGCUCCGAAGAGGACAUCAAGGUGUUCAGUGGCAACUCCGCCUGUGGCAUCCUGGCAGACCCCAAGGGCCCCUUCCGAGGCUGCUUGGCCCACCAGGACCCCGACCCCUUCCUGCAGAGCUGCGUGUUUGACAUGUGCAGAGAAGCCAACCGGAGUGCCCGUCUGUGCCCCAUCCUGGAGCAGUAUGCCAAGGGCUGCCAGAGCAAGAGCCUCUCGGUGGCCGACUGGAGGGCAGCCAGCGGCUGCGCCGUCCAGUGCCAGCCCCACAGCCACUACAACCCCUGCAUGUCAGCCUGUCCCCCGUCGUGCUCCGACCUGGCGGCCCCCGCCAGCUGCAGCUCCCCCUGCCUGGAAGGCUGCGAGUGCGAGUCUGGCUACGUCCUCAGCGGCUUUGACUGCGUGCCCUUCCGGGACUGCGGCUGCAGCUUCCUGGGCAAAUACUACAAGGUGGGGGACCGCUUUAUGGCCGAUGACUGCAGCCAAGACUGCGUCUGCAGGGACAGUUCCAGCCUCGACUGCAAGGCCACCGGCUGCCCCCAGGACUUCCACUGCCGCAUCUUCAACUUCACCCGCGGCUGCUAUCAGGCUGACCCCUGCGAGCCCAACUCCUGUGCCAACAAUGGGACCUGUGUGCUGGACGACAGCCCAGAUACCUUCCACUGUGAAUGUCUGGAGAAUUACGAAGGGUUACUCUGCGAGACACGGGUCACGCCAGAAG